UGUGGGGUGCACAGGGAUCCUUUGCAGUUGCAGAGGCAGAGACCUGGGCUCCUUGGUCUCAUCUGUUUUCCAAGCUACAGGGGAGAAAGGCGAGGAUGGUGGAGGCUUUCUGUGCUACCUGGAAGCUGACGGACAGUCAGAACUUUGAUGAAUACAUGAAGGCCCUGGGUGUGGGCUUUGCCACGAGGCAAGUGGGGAAUGUGACCAAGCCAACAGUGAUUAUCAGUCAGGAAGCAGGCAAGGUGGUGAUCCGGACCCAGUGCACAUUCAAGAACACGGAGAUCAGUUUCCACCUGGGAGAGGAGUUCGAUGAAAUCAGUGCAGAUGACAGAAAGUGUAAGUCUGUUGUUAGUCUGGAUGGAGACAAACUCGUUCACACACAGAGAUGGGAUGGCAAGGAAACAAAAUUUGUGAGAGAAAUUAAGGAUGGCAAAAUGGUUAUGACUCUUACCUUUGGGGACGUUGUCUGCAUUCGCCAGUAUGAGAAGGUGUAGAAAAGCUCCUGGUUGGCUGGGGAAGCUCUUGGGGUAUUCUGUUCCCUCAACUGCAGCAGCGCUGCUCACUAAUGCGAAGGUUAUCCUUGAGGUGGAGACAGAUGAUGGUGACUGAAAAAAACGCUAGCUCAUCUCAUAGGCAAAUGUAUCAUGUGUUGUGAUUUCCAUUAAAAUUUUGUCAGAAUUUUUUAAUACAAAAGUGAGUACACUUUAUAAUUUCCUUUGGAAUACAAAUCAGAUUGGAAUAAAAAUCUCACCCACUUGUAAA